UGCGCACCUAACCUCGUUAGUUCACUUCCUAACGUGUUCUCAAACACGUGUUGGGGGUUUUAAAAUGUCUUGACGGCUCUCGUAGUGCGUGACAAAAAGGAAAAAAUAGUGGCGCUUAUUUGUUGCUUUUCAGCGGUAGAAGGUAGAUUGGUAGAAAAGAAUAAAGAGGAAACUACGACGAAGAUUGCUGUGAAACCUAACCUCAUAUUUGUACAGACUUAAUUAAUCCCAUACUCUUUGACUCGAGCAAAGAAAAUGAAGAACUUGAGAGUCUUGCAACAAAGUUACAUAGAAUUGAAAAAUUUGGAAUCUGGCCUCGACUCCGAAGUGCUAACAUCGUCAACAGCAGAGAGUCUUUGCUGCCUUGAUAACGACGGUGGUGAUUUUUAUGUAUACAAAAACAAUAACGUUUACCAUAUCACCACUGGCAUAUUCGAAUAUUUUCACCUUGGAAAUGAAAAUGUUGUCGAUUCAAAGCUUGUGGGAUUUGCGUUUUGUGACAGUACACGCCAGAUUUAUCUGGCCUAUUCUUGUGGACGACUUUUCACCAUCGAGAUUGAUCUCCCAGAUCCACAGGCAGAAUUUGCUGCACAAAUCAACGAAGGCUUGUGUGCCAUGAAAUUGAGCCCUGAUCACGAAAUUGUCACACUUGUCACCUCAAAUGAUACUGUUAUUGUAAUGACAUCUGGCUUCCAUGUGAUUACAGAGUUUGACUUAAAUUCGACCACAUUCGGAGAGAAGCAAUUCGUGACUGUCGGUUGGGGUAAAAAAGAGACUCAGUUUCAUGGUUCGGAAGGAAAAUCUGCCGCCAAAGCCAAGCCAUUGUCCGUAGAAAAGUCCGAGUCAGAUGAUGGAUUACCUCGAGUUUCUUGGCGAGGAGACAGCAUGCUGUUUGCCGUCAGUUUUCUUACAAAGGAAACAAACGUCCGAUUAUUCAAAGUAUUUAGCAGGGAAGGAGUCCUCCAAUAUACAAGUGAGCCCAGCUCAGGACUAGAAGAAAAUUUGGCCUGGAAACCAUCUGGAAAUUUGAUCGCAAUCACACAGAGGUUUCCAAACAAGCAUGUUGUAUCAUUCUUUGAAAAAAAUGGUCUGAAACACAGAGAAUUCACCUUACCGUUUGAGCCCAAAGAAAUUAUGGUGAAGGAUUUGCAAUGGUCCACAGAUUCAGAUAUCAUAGCAAUUUGGUGCAUAAAUAUAAAUGAUGGUAGUACACGCGUUCAGUUGUGGACAGAAAACAAUUACCACUGGUACUUGAAGCAGACUCUAUUGUUCUCGGAGAAUAAUCCACUCUUGCAUAUAUCCUGGAGUACGAUAUCUGGAUGUGAGAAAAAAUUGCUUGUUUUAACGAAGCAAAAAUAUUUAGUGUACACUUUUUGUUGGACCGUUAGCCACAGUCGUGGCAAAAACCAAACUGACAAAGCUCUUGUCGGAGUUAUCGAUGGCGAUCGAGCACUUUUGACAGGAUUCAGAGAUGCCGUUGUGCCGCCACCCAUGGCUCACCAGGCUCUACAAAUUGACGAGCCCAUUAACGAAGUAGUUUUUGCACCUGAAAUUAAAAAUAAGGAUAGCUGGAUCAACUCAAAUGUGUUAUUCACACUGUUAGAAAAUAAUCGGUUGGCAUUUUAUAAACAGGUACCAAACCUUGUGGAAUAUGGCCACAUCAAAACGUACGAAGUUGAAUGGGAAAUACCUAAUCCGAUUUCAGAAUCAGUUUCAUAUUCUAUGCAUCACUAUUUGUGGUAUAAUGAAGACACAAUUUUGUGCGCCGCACCACUAGGGCUCAAUUCUGUACUUUGUAUUAUUCAUGUAGAUGGUAUCGACACUCAAAAGAAUGGUCGUCUUGUUGUGCGAGGCAUUCACACAAUUACAGGUGCUAUACAGCACAUUGUUUCUAGUCCUGAUCCAGAAACAGUUUACAUUGUUGCUGAGGGUUGUAUUUUAACAUACAGCAAAGGCAAAGGCGUUAACCCAACAGGGAUAACUGUUAGUGAAUCUUGCCACCAAGUGGAGGUGAUACAAGUUGAUAACAAACAUAUUGUUUUAUGCCUCAGCGAGAAGUACUGUUUAUUUGUUGACGGCAAAGAAAUUGCCAACAACAUAACCAGCUUCUUUGUGCACACGGAAUUUUUGUUGCUAACCACACUCCAACAUGUUUUGAUAAGCAUUGCCCUGGAUGGCACUGGAUUUCAGAAGUUAUUAACACAUGAUCUGACUGUUGAACCAAGAGAAGGUGUGGAUAAUGAAAAAAUGGUCUCAGGUUUGAGUCUGAGGCGCAUAGAACGAGGAUCAAAAUUAAUAAUGGCUGUACCAAAAGAUACCAGAACUAUCUUGCAAAUGCCUCGUGGAAAUUUAGAGUGUAUUCAACCCAGAGCGCUCUCUCUAUAUGUUAUUGGUACAUUCUUGAACGAGUUAAAUUACCACGCCGCUUUUGAUUUGAUCCGGAAACAGAGGAUUAAUUUGAACUUGAUAUUUGAUCAUGAUCCAGAUUUGUUUGUUGCGAAUGCUGAAAAGUUUAUUGAGGAUAUAAAAAAUCCAAACUGGUUGAGCUUGUUUCUAUCAGAUUUGCAAGAGGAAGAUGUAACCUCUACAAUGUACUCGAGUUGUUACUCCCACAAAGCAAAACGUAACAACAUAGUGAAUCAAGUACCUAGUAGUACAGAUAAGCCGAUAAUUUCUUUUGGUAAAUGUGAAGAAGAUUCUUCAAGUAGAAAUAAGGUCGAACACGUUUGUGAACUUCUGAGAAAUCACAUGGAAGCAAGACUUGAUGCAGACAGAUUGUUGUUACCGAUUCUCACUAGUUUGGUAAAAAAACAUGAAGUUAAAGAUUUGGAAGCAGCUCUGGUGAAAGUAAAGGAGAUUAAAAAGUUGGAAAAACAAUCUGAAGCGAAGCUGCACAGCUCAUCGGAAGAAGCGUUGAAAUAUUUACUAUACUUAGUUGACGUUAACACAUUGUUUGAUAUUGCACUUGGAAUGUAUGACUUCGACUUGGUGAUGCUUGUCGCAGCAAAAUCUCAAAAAGACCCUAAGGAAUACGUUCCGUUUCUAAAUGAUUUACGACAAUUGGAUGAUGAUUAUAUGCGGUUUUCUAUUGAUGUACACCUGAAACGUUAUGAAAGUGCUUUGAAUAAUAUCUCAAAGUGUAAAGAUCGUUUUGAAGAAUGUAAAACUUUGAUUAAAACGCAAAAUUUGUAUUCCAAAGCGUUAAAAUUGUUUACACGAAACAGCAAGGAGUACAAAGAUAUUGCUGAAAUUUACGGAGAAUACCUUAUCGAUUCUAGAAAAUAUCAAGAAGCAGCUAUUAUGUUCACUCGGAGUAAUAAUCUCGUUAAAGCUUUGAAUGCUUUUAAGCUAGCUGGGGAUUGGCGUGAAGCUAUCGUCAUUGGCCAAGAAAUGAAGUUAAGCGUUACAGAUUUGCAGUGUUUAUACCAGGAUUUAGUAAAGCAGUUGAAAGACACCAGAAAAUAUGCCGAUGCUGCCACUAUUUUAAUGCAUUAUUUGCACGAACCCGAAGACACUGUUGCUACUUUGUGCGAAGGCAAGCUGUGGCACGAAGCGUUGAGGAUUGCUUAUCAAGUAGAGCGCCUAGAUAUAGUUGAAACUCACAUAAAGCCUGGUGUUCAGGAGCAUGCUGACUACAUGAUUUCAAAAAUUAUUAAAAAUCAAACAGAUUUUAUCAAGUUCAGAGAGCGACUGAGCGUUGUUAGAGCCGAAAAAUCAUUGAAAGAGUUGCAACUAAGAGAUGUUGGUGAUGGAGAUCACGAGUUCAACCCUGUGACGGGAGAAUCUGAUUUGUUUAGUGACACAAGCAGCAUUGCUGGAUCAAUGACAAGCCGUGGGUCUCAGUCUUCUAGACUAUCUAGCAAAAGUUAUCGAUCUAGUAAAAAUAGGAGAAAACAUGAACGAAAACUUCAUAGUUUGCGUGAAGGCAGUAUUUACGAAGAUUUAGCUCUAAUAAGUGCAUUGCAUGGAAUUGUAACAACAACUUACGCAGACAGAGUGGAGAUUAACUCACUCAUGAGGAUAUUGUUACGAUUCUAUAACGACAGUUGUGCAGAAAAGUUGCAAAAUUUGAUGGAAGAAUUAUUGAAUCAAAUCGAAAGGGGAAAACUGGAAAUCUGGCCUGAGUACGUGCACAAUGGUUCAACAGAUUCUGCACUGCGUAUAAAUUUCGAAAGUUCACAACCUGGGCAAGGAGACGUGCCUGAGCCUUCUUUGGAACCGCAUUUGCGGUAUCCACCUUUAGCAAAUCCCAGUAUCUGGCAACUCGAAAUGGUAUCAUCAAAGCCAAAGUUAAUAUCCAACACUUAAA